AAUUCGGCGUAACACCAUUACUCAUUAGUCCAAGUCACAAGUCUCCACAGUAUAUAAUACGUUUUUAUUCGAUCGUCGUCUGUAGUCGACACUUGACGCUGACUAGUACUCUACGCUGCACACUCGCUAUUCACUACCGACUCUAAACGUUUAAACGGAUACGUUAAUAUUAUUCAAUUCUAAUUUCUUUUCGUUGAUUUAUUAUUAGCAUCGAAUCAGCCAUGCGUUUGGGAGCAGUCGUUCCGGAUUUCUCUGCCGUUACCACCAAAGGUCCGAUUAAAUUCUACGAAUGGGCCGGUGAAUCAUGGUGCGUUUUGUUUUCUCAUCCUUCUGAUUUCACACCGGUGUGUACCACCGAGUUGGGCAAAAUGGCAGUGCUGGUCGACGAAUUCACCAAACGCAAUGUCAAAGUCUUGGGCUUGUCUUGUGAUAAAUUGGAGAGCCACGUUGAUUGGAUAAAUGACAUCAAAUCAUAUUGUUUGGACAUCAAAGGAGAAUUCCCAUACCCCAUUAUUAGCGACAGCACACGAGACUUGGCUGUACAACUUGAUAUGAUCGCUGAGGAAGACAAGGACAAUGUUGAGUUAGCAUUGACUAUUCGAUCUCUUUACAUUAUUGGACCCGACAAGAAGGUUAAACUCAUGAUGGUUUACCCAACUAGCACUGGUCGUAAUAUUCAAGAAAUUUUACGUUGCAUUGAUUCACUUCAGUUAUGUGAUAGAAAAAAUACCAUCGCUACACCAGCAAAUUGGGUGCCUGGUGAAAAAGUUAUGAUCCUGCCAACAGUUAAAGACGAAGAACUCGAUACACUUUUUCCAAAUGGUUAUGAAAAACGUUCAAUGCCUUCUUCAGUCGAUUACUUGAGAACAACUACCGAUUAUUAAAAUACAACAUUAUUUUAGUUUGUUAUUAUCGCAUUUAUUUAAAAGAGAUUUAUUUUUCUUGAGAUGUAUUUUUGGAUAAAUUAUAAUUUGUUAAAGCCAUAUCUUAUAAUUACUUUAGUAAUUUAUAUGUAUACAUAAUAAAAUCUUUAAUUUUUACAAGAACAA